GACGGGGGCUGCGUUCCAGCAAAGGCUGUAAGAGAAGGGAUCUUCUUAGAUCAUUGUCUUGCCUCUUCUCCCUGCUUUGAAAAACAGCCACAAGCUCUGAAAUGGCAUUUGCCGGGAUACUGAGUGAUGCCGAAAUUGCAGCUGGUUUACAAAGCUGCCAAGCUGUCGAUUCCUUCAGCUGCAAGACAUUCUUUGCCAAAUCCGGUUUGCACUCCAAAUCGAAGGAUCAGCUAGCAAAAGUAUUUGGAGUUAUUGAUCAGGACAAGAGUGGUUACAUUGAGGAAGAUGAACUGAAGAAGUUCAUGCAGAAUUUUGAUGGCAAAGCCAGAGUCUUGACUGAUAAGGAGACUUCAGAGUUUCUGAAAGCAGGUGACACCGAUGGAGAUGGCAAAAUUGGUGUGGAUGAGUUUGUAGUCCUGGUUACAAAGGGUUAAAGUGAUUCAAGGGAAGACCAAGCCAAUUGUAUUGUACAACAUCCUUUCUUAUUGCAAGUCAACUAUUUAUUUAUACAUUUUAUACAGCGAAACGGCAGUGACAAUGGCCAGCAUCUUGUUUCUUAUUAUUCGGGAACUGUGUUAACUCCCAAUGCACUGUUUGACCUUUAUUAUUGUCUAUUGUUGUAAAAUUCAUAAUUAAAAGGGCUCUCUACAUCAAAAGAAGGACAAAAUCGGAGCCCAAGGGAGAAAAAAACAUUGGAUAUUUCUUUUUGUCCGCACAGUCUGUUAAGAUGACUCGGUGAGGCGGGCUUUUUAAAAGAUUGCACCAAGAGUUACACGAGCGUCCGCCUUCCUUCCCGAGUAUAUGACAUGAUAUUGGGAAAAAACAGUUCAAUAAGAAGGUUUAAACUGGUCUUUGUCUUACCUAAUCAGGUUCACGAACCCUCUUACUAGCCAUACCCGUGGAAUUGUCCAUUCAUCCAUAUAAAGCGUCUUCAUCAUUCACA